AUGUCGGAUAGCACUAGAAUUACUGCUGUAAUGGGAGACGGCCCACCCAGCGCCAGUACCCAGGUCCCAAAGAACAUUGCAGAUGAGAUCAAUGCUGCCCUUGCCGCAGACGACGUCAGACCUCUCUUGGCCCGCGACAAUCUAUGCAUGCUGACGUUUUGCCCUCAAGACCACGGACGAUGGCUCGUCGUCGAGCUACGUGAGUGCACAAGAUUGAAGAUUUAG